CAUUAUGAACAUAACAUUUCAAACAUGCUGAAAUCAAUGCCGAUGACGAGUUUUCAACAUUUGACUUUCCAUCCUGACCAUAGGCCUACUAACCUCACCUACAGAGUUAUUUUUUAAGAAAACAUCCAGACUGAAAGGACUGUCAUCCUCAAAGACGUAUGUAGCCUAUCAUUUCACUUACAGUAUAACACAUCACUAUUACUACUAAAAAUGUAAAUAGUAAAACACUGAUCAUUUCGGUGCUAGAAAUGUUUCUGGUUACUGUUAAACAUUGGUGAUGUAAUCCAAAUAUUGUGUAAUAACUUUGCAACGAUGAGUUCCUGAAAGUAGAAACAGAUGAAGAGCAAGAAAAACAGCACCAAUCUGAUAAGAAUUAAAACUGCUGUCACAUCAAGCUUUUGAGCUCUUCAAAUAGUUGCACAUUAGUCGGAGAUGUUGCAAAUGCUGUUCAUCAUGACUGUCAUUAUGAUGACAAACAGUGUGCUUUUAUUCCCUGAUGCACCAACUGACUUUUCCAUCAAAGCAGGAGACAACAUCACCGGAGAGGACGGUUUGUGCGUCAUAGUGUACUGUGUUUUCACUGUCCCUAAAGGUGUCUCAGAUCCCAUUAGAAGAACCUGGUUCAAAGUAGAUCCACAAAACUCAUCUGUUGAAGUUUUUAAUUUUAACACUAAUAUUGGAUUUCGUCAAAAUGAGAAAGAGUGCAGCUUUUGGCUAAACCAGUUGGUUCAGGGCAAAUCUGAUGGUGAAUACAGAUUAAAACUGGAGUGGGGAGAAGGAAACGUUUAUAUCUUUCCUCAGACAGUACAUAUUACUGUUAAAGAGCUUACCCAGAAACCAACAAUAAACGUCCCACUGCUCACAGCUGGAGAGAAGGCGGAGAUAUCAUGUAAAGUUCCAGGGGACUGCUUAAAAACUUCAGCAGAUAUUGUGUGGACAGGCAUUAGGCCUGAUGAAACUAGACUUCAAGGUGGUGGAGUGCCUGGCAGGAAUUUAGAAUUUUCUAUAAUGACUUUUUAUCCUAAGCCUGAACAUCAAAAUACUGCCCUCACCUGCACAGUGACAUUUCAAAGACGUAUUCGGACUGAAAGUACUGUCAUCCUCAAAGUAAGACAUUCCCCGGUAAUCCUGAACAGCUCUCGUUGUUUCGUGUGGGGUGAUGAACUGAGCUGCAUGUGUGUCAGCAGUGGUGUACCGUUACCCAAGAUAUCCUGGCCAAAACUGAACAGUACCACUAAACACUGCAGUGCUGUUUCAACAGAGAACAUCAUCAGAAUUAGCCACAUCUCUAUUACUGGGUUUAGUGAACUCAACACUACCGUUGAAUGUGUCAGUGAGAAUCUCAUUGGUACGACAAAGAUGGAAAUCCAAGUGCAACAUCAUGCUGAAAAACCCCAAGAAAUAAGUUGCAGUUUGUCAACCCCUUGGAUAUUAUUUAUCCUUUCCUUUGUUCUAAAUGUCAUCUUUGCUUCCUGUUUGAUUGUCAUCGUUGUACGAGAAAAAUAUUUGAAACCAGUAGAUGACAACCAUGUCUACAUGACUGCAAUGAAGAGAGAGGAAUCUGUAUAUGAGACUAUCAAAAUGAUGUGA